AUGGUCGUAACGGCAGCCGUGCUGACUGGGUUUCUGGAAAGUGACGAGAAUGGAGUGCGCAACUGGCAGGGCAUCAACCCGUCCACAAAUUCAGAGGGUGAUCCCGUCGAUGAUCUGCUCAGUGCCCUCCAGACUGGCGCCUCGGAGCAUUCUGUGCACCUCAUACUCGGCGCGCCGCUCUAUGCCACGAGUAUUGAUCACCCCUGGUUUGGCCAGAGUGUUAAUGACCUGACCUCCGUCUACAAGGACUUUUAUAUGUGGCAAAAGGCUGGCGUAAGUUCGCAAUGUCUUUAA